AAGUUAGCCAUAUUGAAUCGAAUGCUGUUGGUGGGUUCAUGUUGUUGUCUUGUUGGGCUGUAUAUGUGAUAAAGGGGAGCCAUACCAGAGUGAAGGAGUCCUCUUCUAUUUGUCCCCGUGUCAGUUUCAGUCUGUUAGUUAGCUUUUCAAGUAAGGCUGUUUCUUGAUACCAGUGUUCCAUGUUUAUUCCUGACAGGUCCCUCCAGUGUCUGGCUAUGAUGUUUCUGGCUGCUGAGAGUAGGUGGGUUAUGAGCUCUUUAUAGUGUGAGUGGGCAUUGUUAUCUUGGAAGAUGUUCAGUAGGGCCAGUUCUGGGGUUACUUCUAGUACCUGUUUAGCUAUUUUGCUUAUUUCUUGCAUGACUGCCAUUUGACGUUUCCGAGUCAUUUUCAAGGAUAGCCCCAUGUACGGUGCAUUGCAAUAACCCAGUCUGGGAAUUACCAGUGCAUGCAGUUGCAUGGAAGUCAUCUCUGUCCAAAAGUGGUUGUUGUUGGUGAACUAGAAGGAGCUGGUAAUAGGCACCCCCAGCGUGGCCACCGACACCACCUGGACCCCUCAAGUGACAAUGUUAGAUCUAGGUGUACCCACAAUCUGCUCCUUCCAGAGGAGUGCAACGCCAACCAGAGCAGGCCAUCUUCCCACCUCCUGGACUUGAGAACUUGGAACAUAGAAUACCUCAGUCUUUUCAAGAUUCAGCUUCAGUUUGUUGGCCCAUAGAAUCAUAGAAUUGGAAGAGACGACAAGGGCCAUCCAGUCCAACCCCCUGCCAAGCAGGAAACACCAUCAAAGCAAUCCUAACAGAUGGCUCCAAAGAAGGAGGCUCCACCACACUCCUUGGGAGCAAAUUCAACUGCCGAACAGCUCUUACUGUCAGGAAGUUCUUCCUAAUGUUUAGGUGGAAUCUUCUUUCUUGUAGUUUGAAUCCAUUGCUCCGUGUCCGCUUCUCUGGUUUACGCAACCUCAUCUAUACAGCAUUCAAGCAACCAAGAGGCAUUAUCAGAGUUCAAGGACACAUUCCAGUCAGGAGGAAACACUCACAGAAGUGGCAAAGUAUGGUUCGUGAAGAGGGUAUGGCCCGCGGAGAGGAAAUAUGGCUGAGGAAAAUGUGAAGCCUAGAGAAAGUCCUGAAGACCAGAGAGAUCUGGAGGGUCAAUUUCUUCCUCAGAGCAAGAACUGGCCAUCUGUUUAGGGCGCUGACCUCUGAAAGGACCUUCCCCUCUCCCCGCACCAUGGAAGAAUAUAUAAAAUAUCUCCUUCAAGGGUGGAGUUAUUUAAGCUACUAGGAAACAGUGUGGCAUGCAAAUGAGGUGAGUGUGUCUGCAUAUGAGGUGGGUUUAUGACAUGUGCUUGUACAGCCCAGUGUGUGCACCUAGAGAGUAACUGGAGGUACUGAUCAGCGGAGCUCUCAAGGGACAUGUCCACAAUGAAUGGUUUGGGGAGCUGCCUGAGCUGGAGGGAUGAGGAUGCAGGACUGGUACUGCUGCUGGUAAGGUGUCUCUUCUUUCUGCUGACAACGUUCCCUUUGCCAGCCACUAGUAGAACAGUCAUUUUAGGCAUGAGGGUGGAGAACAGCACCAAACCAGGUUCUACAGUCUUGGAAGACGGCAUCAUCCAAGUGGUGGAAGGAAGCACCAUCCGGCUUCGGAUCUUCGGUCAGGGCAUCCACCAACAUACUUGCCAGAUGAUAUACUUUGCUGAAUUACCUGAUGCGUCAGGUGCUAAUGUUAAUGUGGACGCCUGCAACAAGAAGACCAACGACUUGCUGGUGAACCCAUACUGCCAUGAGGUACGGAACACCACUGCCCUGCUGGAUGUUUUAGUCCUGAUCCUGCGGAAGGAAAUCGAGUUCAAGAACUAUGUGAUGUGCUUGGAAGAUCAUUCGGGCAUGCCACGGUAUUGGUUCAGCGACCGCGAUUUGGUGAUCCAAGUGAUCGAGGAAAAUCAAUUAAAACUGCCUCUCUGGCUGAAGAUACUCCUGGUGGUCAUCCUGCUGGCGUUGUCAGGCAUGUUUAGUGGUCUCAACCUGGGCCUGAUGUCCCUGGACCCCAUGGAGCUGCGCGUCGUCCAGAACUGUGGCACACCCAGUGAGAAGAAGUACGCUGCCAGGAUUGAGCCCAUUCGGCGGCACGGCAAUUACCUGCUCUGUUCUUUGCUCCUCGGCAACGUCUUAGUCAACACCUCCUUCACCAUACUGUUUGACUCCAUGGUUAACGCAAGCAUUCUGGCUAUAGUGGCCUCUACAUUUGGUAUCGUUCUCUUUGGGGAGAUAAUCCCCCAGGCCCUCUGCAGCCGCCAUGGCUUGGAAGUGGGUGCCAAAACCAUUGUCAUCACCAAGUUUGUCAUGCUGCUGACUUUCCCUCUCUCCUACCCUACAAGUAAAAUACUGGACUAUGUACUUGGUCAAGAAAUGGGCCACAGGUACAACCGAGAGAAGCUGAUGGAGAUGCUGAGGCUGACCGAGCCAUACAUGGGCCUGCUGAAGCAAGAGCUGAAUAUCAUCCAAGGAGCACUGGAGCUAAGGACUAAGGCAGUGGAGCAUGUCAUGACCCCACUGCACGACUGCUUCUUGCUCAACAGCAAUGCCGUCCUUGACUUCAACACCAUGACGGAGAUCAUGGAGAGCGGCUACACACGUAUCCCCAUCUACGAAAAGGAGAGGACAAAUAUAGUUGAUAUGCUGUAUGUCAAGGAUCUAGCCUUUGUGGACCCAGAUGACUGCACCCCGCUGAAGACGAUCACUAAAUUUUACAACCAUCCGGUGCAUUUUGUUUACCACACCACCAAACUGGAUGAUGUGCUUGAAGAGUUCAAAAAAGGUAAAUCUCACCUGGCCAUUGUCCUAAAGAAGAAUGAGGCUGAAUAUGAAUAUGAAGAUGAAGUGUUGGGUAUCGUGACCCUGGAGGAUGUCAUUGAAGAGAUAAUCAAGUCAGAGAUCCUGGACGAAUCAGAUCUCAACACCUACAAUCGUACCAGAAGACGAGAUGCCAGCCCAAGGAAGUGGGACUUCUCUGCCUUCAGGGGCAACGACAUUGAGAUGAAGAUCUCCCCUCAGCUACUCCUGGCUGCACACCGCUUUCUCUCUACAGAGGUCUUGCAAUUUUGCCCGAGCCUCAUCUCCGAGAAGUACCUGCUACGUCUCCUCAAGCAUCCUGGUGUCAUCUGUGAGCUGAAAUUUGAUGAGCAGAACAAAGAAUCUCCCAGACACAACUUGUAUGAAAAGAACACACCAGCAGAUUACUUCAUUCUCAUUUUACAGGGAAAGGUGGAGGUCGAAGCUUGCAAGGAAAACAUGAAGUUUGAGAACGGACCCUUCUCCUACUAUGGAGUCAUGGCCUUGGGUACACCCAUCCAAGGAGGUAUUGAAAUCCUAGGCUCCCAGAUUCGCAAGAGCAAUAUGCAAUGCUUUAGCAUCACCAGCAGCAACCAGGUCCUCCCCAGCAGCAGCAGCCUACAGUACAUGGCAGAUUACACUGUCCGUGCUCUGACCGACCUCCUGUACCUCAAGAUCACACGGAAUCAAUACCAGAACUGUCUUAUGGCCUCACUGGCGGAAGUCAACGCAGCUGCAAGUAUCAUCUCGCAGGCUGAGACUUCUGUAGACUCAGUGCACCGAAGUGUACCCCAGACUUGAAUUGUGUAGAGUCAGUGCUCCGAAGUGUACCCCAGGCUUGAAUUGAAUUGAAUGAAUCUUUAUUUGCGUCAGCCAUCGGCCAUAGCAAUAUUUCUUUCUCUUUCUUUGGCGAUCACUCGUAGCCAAGUAAGAUUGUCUUCCAUAAACACAGUUUCAACAAUGAGACUGUAACUGACUGUGGAGGCCAAUUCUGGAUCCACACAUCGUUCCACAGUGGGGAGAUUGGUUUCUGGGCGGGAGUUGAUUACAGUGUGGAUUUGCCAAGUGUGCCUUCCUCUUAGCAUGUUUCUCCUUGUGUCCUGAGUUCGAGUGUCUUCAAAGCCCAUGACAGCUUUGGUAAAGGCUGUUCUCCAACUGGAGCACUUGCAGGCAAAUGUUUCCCAAUUGUUGGUGUUUAUACUACAUUUUUAAAGAUUUGCCUUGAUACAGUCAUUAAACCUCUUUUGUUGACCACUAGCAUUACGCUUUCCAUUUUUAAGAGUAGUUGCUUUGGAAGACGAUAAUCAGGCACAACAUGACCAGUCCAACAAAGUUGAUGUUGAAGAAUCAUUGCUUCAACAUUGGUGAUCUUUGCUUCUUGCAGUACACUGGUAUUAGUUCACCUGUUUCUCAAGUGAUGUGUAAAAAUUUUCAGAGACACUGUUGAUGGAAUAUUUUGAGGAGUUGGAGAUGGCGUUUAUAAAUGGUUCAUGUUUCACAAGCAUACAGUAAGGUUGGUAGUACAAUAGCUUUAUAAACAAGCAUUUUUGUUUCUCGGCGAAUGUCCUGGUCCUCAAACACUUUGCACUUCUAUCGGGAGAAAGCUGCACUCGCAGAGCUCAGGCGAUGCUGGAUUUUGGCAUCAAUGGCGGCCCUUGUGGAAAGAUAACUGCCCAGGUAGGAGAAGUGAUUGACAUUUUCCAACGUUACACCACUGAGUUGGAUUUGUGGUGCUGCAGAUGGCUUAUUUUGUACUUGUUGGUGCAGCACUUUGGUUUUUUGGAUGUUGAGCGAUAGGCCAAGCCUUUCGUAAGCUUCUGCAAAGAUAUUUAGGAUGGUUUGCUAUUAUCUGUCAGUAAAAAGCUCCCACUGGAGCCAAUGGAAGUCUCCCCUUCCUCCUUUCUAAUAGCAGCACGGCACAGGGAUGAGCGAAUCUGUCAAUUUCGGUUUCCAUCUGUUUCUCAUUUUUCCAGUUUUAAGUUGAGUUCACCACAUUUCUGCACCAGUUUUUUUUUAAGGUCUCCAUGAACAUUCAUCAGCAUUGUAGUGUGAAUUUCUCCUGAUAUACCUAUCUUUGUAUGCAAAUUUGCCUAAUGUAUACAUUUUUUAGGACAUAUUUUCUCUGAAUAUAAUGCAUUUUUGUAUGUUAUUUUUUUCUAUUUAAACACAGUUUAUCCUGGUAGAUGCAUAUUAUUUGGCCGGGAAACUGCAUUACAGAAAUCAGAAAAUGCAAGUGCAAUUUCAAAGGAUGGCUGCGCUUAUGCUUGCGUAUUGUUUCAGAAAGCAUAAAUUAGGCACAUUCACCAUUAAACGUGGACUGAAUAAAAUUUCUCCCCCAUCCCUAGCAUGGAGAGGAAGAAUUUGAAUCAGGACUGUUGCUGGGAGGGGGAGGUUUA